AUGAUCAAAAGUUUUGCCCAGGAUAUCGCCAAAAUUGAGGUCGGAAAGGACUGGCCGUAUAGCUUCGUCCGACGUAACAGCGAUGAGCUCGGUUGCACUUGGUUCGACGGUUUUGAUAUCGCAAGAAAGAGAGCAGACAAUGCUUCUAGAUACAGAGCCUACUAUGAGCUUAUUGGCGAGAAAAUCGAGAAAUACGACAUCCUGCCUUGCAACACGUAUAAUGUGGACGAAAAGGGCUUUCUCCUCGGCGUCAUCAAUCGUACCAAGAGAGAUGGCAACAGAUCAUGGAUCACGUUCCUGGCAUGUGUCUGUCAAGACCUGACAGCGCUACCCCCGUUUCUCAUCUACCAAGGCAAGCCAGGGCAAGUUCAGGACUCCUGGCUCACGGAGUUUGAUCCGGAGCACCAAGCGGCGUUUUUCACAACCUCAGAAACGGGUUGGACGAACCAUGAACUUGGAAAGGAAUGGCUCAUUGGUGUUUUCGACCGGUUCACGAAAGAAAAGGCGCGAAACGGCCGGGAUUACCGCCUCCUGAUUACCGACGGACACUCUAGUCAUGUCAAUAUGGACUUCCUGGAGUGGUGUGACCAGCAUCGGAUAAUCGUUGCCGUGUUUCCGCCGCAUUCCACGCACAGGCUGCAGCCCUUGAUGUGUCCCUUUUGGCCCUCUUUCGACCGCAUACACCAACCAGCUCAUCCAGUGGACUGCAAAGACACAGGGACUCAUCGGGCUAUCGAAACGCGAGUUCUGGUCGUUAUUUUGGAACGCAUUCGGGUCAUCUUUCUCGGCGGAGAACAUCGCAAGUGGUUGGAAACGGACCGGACUCCUCCCAUUUGA